ACGACUUUUCGCUGUGUUGAUGUACUGGGCGGGCGCUGAAAUGACAUGAGGACGAAAGUUGUCCGGUUGGAAUUGUAGUCCAUAUCAUACCUCAAGUGGUCCAGGAAGCUAGUUAGUUUGUCUUUAUCUGUGAUUCGCAAGGACAACCAGUUGGAGGGAGUUUCGCUCCUCUCUUCCAUUGUUAGACACAAAUUGAAGCUGCCAAGAGGCAAGUCAGACAGAAAUAGUCCGAAAAUGCCUCCCAUCGACAAUGACACCGGGAGGAAUGAACUAAAAUCUCGGAUACAGGAGCUUAUUGAUUCUAAUCAAGUGUUGGUAUUCAGUAAAAGCAACUGUCCAUUUUGUGUGAAGGUAAAGGAUCUGUUCAAGGAGCUGAACGUGAACUGCAAUGUGGUGGAGUUGGAUUUAAUUGAGGAUGGAUCAAACUAUCAAGAACUGCUGCUUGAGAUGACCGGGCAGAAAACUGUCCCCAAUGUCUUCAUCAACAAGACACACGUCGGUGGCUGUGACAAAACAAUGAAGGCCCAUAAAGAUGGUGUCCUGCAGCAGCUGCUGUGCGGGGAGAAUGAGGUAUACGACUAUGACCUCAUCGUCAUCGGGGGCGGCUCAGGAGGGCUAGCAUGCUCAAAGGAGGCAGCGUUGCUGGGCAAGAAGGUGAUGGUGUUGGACUAUGUGGUGCCCACGCCGAAAGGGAACGCAUGGGGCCUGGGUGGCACAUGCGUGAACGUGGGCUGCAUCCCCAAGAAGCUGAUGCACCAGACAGCCCUGCUAGGGACUUCCAUACAGGACGCCCGCAAGUUUGGCUGGGAGUUGCCGGAGGAGACAGUGAAGCACAACUGGGAGACAAUGAAGACUGCGGUGAACAACUACAUUGGCUCGUUGAACUGGGGCUACCGGGUGGCGCUGCGCGACAAGAACGUCAACUACAUCAACUCCUACGCUGAGUUCAUUGAGUCGCACAAAAUCAAGGCGACCAACAAGCGAGGGAAGGAGACCUUCCAUACGGCCGCAAAGUUUAUCCUGGCGACAGGUGAGAGGCCGCGUUACCUGAGCAUCCCCGGAGACAAAGAGUACUGCAUCACCAGCGACGACCUGUUCUCUCUGCCCCACUGCCCUGGCAAGACCCUGGUGAUUGGGGCGUCCUACGUGGCGCUGGAGUGCGGGGGUUUUCUGGCGGGCCUGGGCCUGGAUGUGACAGUCAUGGUACGCUCCAUCCUCCUGAGGGGCUUCGACCAGGAAAUGGCCAACCGUGCCGGCAAGCACAUGGAGGAGCAUGGCGUAAAGUUCCUCCGGAAGUACGUCCCCGUCAAGGUGGAGGAGCUGGAGGCAGGUACUCCUGGGAGGCUGAAGGUCACAGCCAAGAGCACGGAGGGAGACGAGACCAUCGAGGGAGAGUACAACACUGUGUUGAUAGCUGUGGGGCGUGACGCCUGUACAGGAAAGAUCGGCCUGGAUCAAGCCGGGGUCAAAGUCAACCCCAAGAAUGGUAAGAUCCCGGUGAACGACGAGGAGCAGACCAACGUGCCGCACAUCUAUGCCAUCGGAGACAUCCUGGAGGGCAAGUGGGAGCUGACGCCCGUGGCUAUCCAGGCUGGCAAGCUGCUGGCACGCCGUCUGUACGCGGGCGCCUCGCUCAAGUGUGACUACGUGAAUGUUCCCACCACGGUGUUCACCCCUCUGGAGUAUGGUGCCUGUGGGCUGUCUGAGGAGAAAGCUAUGGAGCUGUACGGCCAAGACAACCUGGAGGUGUACCACAGUCUCUUCUGGCCUCUGGAGUUCACUGUCCCCAAAAGGGACAACAACAAGUGCUACGCAAAGAUCAUCUGUAAUAAAUUGGACAAUGACCGCGUGAUCGGGUUCCAUUACUUGGGUCCCAAUGCGGGAGAGGUGACGCAGGGAUACGGCGUGGCCAUGAAAUGUGGCCUGACCAAAGAGCAGCUGGACAACACCGUUGGCAUACACCCCACCUGCGCUGAGAUCUUCACCACCAUGGAGGUGACCAAGAGCUCAGGCGGUGACAUCACCCAGACGGGCUGCUGAGGUUAAACCCUGCUUGUUUAAUGGGCUGUCCUGUUCUCCAUCUUAGAUCUCUCACCUCGUAGCUCUGCGCAAACCUGGCCCCCUCAAAUUCUAUACCCAAGACCAAUCGCUUCUCAGGAAAAACCAAUAAGGUGGGGGGGAGUCUGAACGGAUGAAACCACACAUUUGGGAAUAAGGGUGGGGAAACAGUGGGUCAGUAUAAUACUGUCGGAAAGAUUGAGCCAAUAAAUGCUCUGAGGGGGGCCUGUAGUGUGGACAUAAAAGACAUAUGAGGUGAUUAACUAUCUAUGGGACAGCCUGCUAGAUAGCGGGGUUACUCUGCUGCUUUCACAAUGCACCCUGUGUGUGUCUUCCUCAGAGGUGCACCACCCAUCUCUAAGGAUGGGUGAGUGCUGUUUGACGUGCUGGCCCUUAACCCAAUCACUGUGGUGGGCUAGAACUGAUGUCCCUCUGUCCAAAGACACCAGGGGUGAACCGAACCCUUCGUCCAAACUUAAACACCCGCACACACAUGUACACAUACACACACACACAUCUACACACACUUGCGUAUAAUGACUCCUGUAGUAUGUUAACAGCUGAAUGGAUACAAUAAUUCUCUGAUCCAGUGUGGUGGAAAUGCCUGAUCAUUUUUACUCUGUGGAAGUUAACUACUAUGUCCUAAGAUGUGUUUAUUUUCUUUUGUCAUCACGUCUCUUCUCUGGCAAGCCAUCAACAUUCCAGGCAUUAUUUCUCAUCAGAAGUGUAUAUUGUCCGAUAUCUCAGAAAUGGAAAAUUGAAAUCAAGUUUAAUGUGGGGCAAUGGAUUUUUAAAAAUAUCAGUAUUUCUCAUGGUGUCGAACUUGCCGUUUUCUCCACAUCGGGAUCGUCGACUUUAAAGGAAACUCCCAAUUCCAACUUCUAGCAAAGUGUGAACCAAAAAGGUGCAUGUAGGAGAAGUCAAAAGAAAGAACCUCCAUCAUUCAAAUCUCUGUCCUGAUUCAGAAAACACUGUUAGUAAUUCCAAUGACUGAAUACAUAAAACAUGAAUUGUGGUGAUUUAUUGUAUAUAUUUGACACGCGCACACACACUUUAAAAGUUUUCAGUGGAUAAUUAAAUAAAUGCUUCUUUUGUAUCAGUUUGAUCUUGCUGUUUUGUUUGCCUCUGAGUUGUGUAUGUAAAAUGUAUCCAAUCUGGUAGAGGACAGUAUUUAAGAGUUAUUUUCUGCCUACUGUUGAGCAGUGACACCGGUCAAAAUGUAUUAAUGACUGCUUCACUGGUAUCACCGUUUUUCUAGAUCACUUUGAUUAAAGUCUUGAAAGACCAUGUCAACAUGCAAA